AUGACAUAUCGAUCAACAUUAUCACGUUGGUUUCAAAAUCGUUUUCCUAAACCACCACCAUUUCGUAUUGAUUUUUAUCGUUGUACUAGUUGCGGUGUUCAAUCGUUUGACGGUGUUUAUUUUUCUGCUUGUCCUCAAUGUAGAGGUAUUCUUCCUGAUAUUGUUCGUAAUGUUCGUUAUGAAUACUUCUGUACAAGUUGUAGUCGACAACGUAACGUAUGUCGUUGUGAUUAUCCUUCUCCAUUUGUUUCUCUUAUUCGUUUACCAACACCUCCUUCACCUCAAUGCCAAUGCUGUUGCUCAUGUACAUGUUGUAAUUGCUCAGACUGUGAUUCAACUGACCGGUGGGAAUCGUCUCCUUGUCGUUCCAAUUGUUCAUGUCCUUCCUAUUGUUCAGAAUGCGAUUGUUCAUGUUCACCACAAUCUUUCUGA